CCCCUGCCACAUUCCCCUUCCCCGAAACUCAGCUGGGGUAAGGGAAGGCACGAAUUGGGCUGCCUUGGGAGCUGGCCUCUGGGGCCGGGUGCGCCCCCAACUCCAGGCGCAUCCUGAUCGCAGCAUGGGGAUGUAGCCCGUGUUCCCGGAGGGGUCCAGGAGUGGCGAGGGAUGCAGAGUGGAGCAAGUUCAUCUGGGAUCUGUCUCGAGCAGCUCUCAGAUCCAAUCGGUACCGCCCCGGCCCGGUGUCUGAGGUUCAGGUCUCCGGUGCCGCUGUGUGCCCCACUCAGCUGGCCGAAGUCAGCGCGGGCUAUGUCCCUGGCCCUUGGGUAACGUGCCAGGACAACACCCCUAGGGACAAGCGAGGAGGUGACUCACUGUGACAAGGAGUACCCGGGGAAUGGACCAAGACUGUAUGAGGUUAGAACCCCGCCCGAGCAGAGGAACAAUGGCACCCCAGAAGCCCCUUUCCCCGCCUCUCUGCGGUCUCUGUCCUCCGGUCAGCACAGUGACCUAUUUGGCUGGCACAGAGUGUUCUCAGGGAAGUAGGGGAACCGAAGGUCCAGGAUCCACUGUCGGGUUUCUACUCCGCGGGGUGCCCUCGAGGAUCAGGAGCCACGGCUCCCCGCUGGGCUGGCUCCAGCCAGCCUUGCAGUCGGGAUGUGCAGGGGUCCCACCCUUUCCCACUCAGGUCCGGAGAACCCUAUCCUGCGCUGGGGAGGGGGCGCUGGACUCACCCGCCAGAGUCAAGCCCUGUACGGAGGCGCGUAGCACUACCGAGCGGCCGGGUGGACCGGUCGGCUGGGAGGGGGUCAUGUGUUUGAGGGGCGGGGGACUCUAGUGGGCGCGACGCUGAGCACAGCCUCCGCCAGCUGCCUGGGUGUUCGGGCGCCCCAACCUAGCCCUGGAAUUUCCGAAGGCAUCAGGGUUGAGUGGGGCAGGAGGGCGAGUCGCUCCUUGGGCGCGGGUGCGCUGCCCGGACCUCCAUGCGUCAGCCCUUCCUGGGACCCCUGGGGGACACUUGCGCCCUCCUCGUGAGGAAAAGAACCUUGGGACUGGGUAUGGGAUUUGGGGGCGCCCAAGCAGUUUCUUCUCUCCUUCCCUCCCUUUCUCUACGUCGCGUUCUGGUAGAACUUUCGAGCGGUUUUGUUUUUGUUGCUCGCGUCUAUUUUUAUUUUCCAGGGAUCUGACUCAUCCCGUGCUUUGGGCGUGGAGAUAAGGUGGAGGGGCCCGAUCUCGGGGGGAGAGAGAGAGAGAGAGAGAGGAGAGAGAGAAGAGAGAGUGAGCGAGAAGAGAGAGAGAAGAAAGAGAGAGAGGAGAGAGAGGAGAGAGAGAGAAGAGAGAGGGAGAGAGAGAAUGAGAAUGAAUGUGUGUGCGUGCGCGCGCGCGCGCGCGCCUGUCUCAGACACGGCCCGAGAGCGCGCGGUUUCCCAACAGCCGCGGGAGUUUCGGAAGCCCAGCCGGCUCAGCGUGACGUGUUCCCUGCCCCCGGGUCCCCUCCUCUCCUCCCGUUCCCCAGCCCAGGAUGACGCGUAGCCGGGAGUGGAAGCUAAGUUUUGGCGGGCGGGUAGCGCUUUGCAGGAAACUGACUCAUCAGGCCUCCCUCCCGCAGUCCUAGGCUCUGCCCACGCACCGCCCACCCUGUCAUGAUUUCCUGGAGACCAGCGCCCCCUCCUGGCCCUGGCACGAACAACAAACCCGCUUUCCCGCGGAGCGCCGCUUGCCGGCGGGAACAGCCUGGCGGGCUACUCCUGGGCUCCUUCUGCCCACCACCCCUUUAAAGAAUCUUAUUGGUUCAACAGUUACUGAGCUGUUCCUAUUUACCUGGAAAUUAAAACAUGGGGGAAGUCUAAGGCACGAAGACGAAUAAAGGAAGCUAUUCUCAAGUUUGCAAAACGAGGAUUUGCAUUUCUGAGUUAAUUUUUUUGAACUUGAAGUUAUGAUAUUGGAGGUGAGAGCAGAUUUCGAUUGAGAGGCAAGGUCUAUGAGAACCAUCAGGGAAAGGGGAGUAGAAGGGAAGAGGGUUCCUGCCUAGAUUCUUGUCUUUUUUUUCAGCUCCUAGAAGCUAGGGAAUACCCAGCUCCUUGAUAAAACCUCUACUCCUGGGGGAGCCUCUAACUCCUUGUGACUGUGGGACACUGAGGCAGCGUGCCUCCCCUUGGCUGGCACCCUAAGAGUGUCCAUCUGGGGAAUUGUGUCAAACACUGAAAUAUCCAGUUUGGAUUAAGUUGGUCUUUGGAGGUAGGGGCUCAUCAAUCUGUGUUUUAAAAAGCACCCCAAGCGAUUCUGAUGGGUUUCUCUGGUUAAGAAGAGAAGGAAUAGGGUUCAACACCAGAGCACAGUACCUAGCCUGGGUUCAGGCCUGGCUGUGCCACCUGUGAACUGUGUGACCUUGGGCAAGUUACUUAAUUUUUCUGAGCCUUGGUUACCUCUUCUGUAAAAAGGAAGUUAAUGUAUAUCCACUUUAUAGGAGGCUUGAUAUUUGUAAACUGCUUAGAACAACCCCUGAACAUAAAAAUAUAUAAAUCAAUCCCAACCCAUGCCUUGAAGAGGGUGGGCAUAGGUUAUUUGAAGGAUCUGUCCACUAUACAGUGUGAUCCCUUUGAGGGCAGUGGACUUCGGCUUUUUGGGUUGUAUGAUUUGGGGGCAAGUCUCCCAAAUCAGGAUGUGUGUGUGUGUGUGUGUGUGUGUGUGUGUGUGUGUGUGUGAGCGUGAGCUCCUGCCCUUUAAACUUGGUCUGAAUGCCUCCCUCCCAACCAGCUGAGACAUGGAGGUAUGGCUCCACUCAUCAUGAGAAGUGAGAUGAGGUGGGGUGGGGCAUAAUUCCAGGUCUUCUGCCUCAGGAAGACAUUCAGCGAGCUUUCACCUUCAGAGCCUGCAAAUCUGGACUUGUCCCUAGGGAAACCCAGUCUACGCCAAGGUCGUGCAGUCACUCAGCCCUGGAGCUAGCCCAGAGCAGGGCAUGCACCAUGUCGGAGCAGCUGGGGGAUGGCCGUCAGAUCCCGUGCAGCAGCAAGGCCUGCCGCCGCCUCUUCGGCCCAGUGGACAGCGAGCAGCUCCGCCGCGACUGCGACGCGCUAAUGGCGGGCUGCAUACAGGAGGCGCGUGAGCGAUGGAACUUCGACUUUGUCACUGAGACACCGCUGGAGGGUGACUUCGCCUGGGAGCGUGUGCGGGGCCUCGGCCUGCCCAAGCUUUACCUCCCCCGUGAUGAUUUGGGAGGGAGCAAGCGGCCCAGCACCUCAUCGGCUCUGCUGCAGGGAACAGAACAGGAAGACCACGUGGACCUGUCGCUGUCCUGCACCCUUGUGCCUCGCUCAGGAGAGCGACCUGAGGGGUCCCCAGGUGGGCCUGGAACCUCUCAGGGCCGAAAACGGCGGCAGACCAGCAUGACAGAUUUCUACCAUUCCAAACGCCGGCUAAUCUUCUCCAAGAGGAAGCCUUGAUUCGUCCAUCACAGGCCUUGUGCUCCUGGAAAUAAGGGGAUCCUGAAGGCUCCCUCCACAUCUUCUGCCUUUGUCCUUUAUAUCGUGUGUCUUAAUUAUUAUUUGUGUUUUAAUUUAAACUCCUCCUCAUGUACAUACCCCACUUGCCCUUUCCACCCCCAGCCUCUGCCAUUAGAAUUAUUUAAAACAAAACUAGGCAGUAGAAUGAUAGGCUCAUCAGAGUGCUGGGUACUUUUAUGAUAUGAAAUAAUAUUUAAAGCUCUCCAUUUCCUCUCCCCUGGAGGUCAGGUGGGGCUGCUUCAUGCCAGCCUCUUCCUCCUCCACCCUCACUGCUGGUGGUACUCUGGAAGGGCCCGGCUCCCUCCACACUCUGGCUCGUGGGUGUUAUGAAAUUCCACCCCUUUCCUGGAUUCUCAGACCUGAAUUCCUUAUAUUUGAGAAGUAAACAGAUAGCACUUUGAAGGGGGCCCAGUUGAGUGGGGCCAUCAUCAAAAACUCUGGAGGCCUUGCACCUCCUCUGAGACUGGGCAGGGGGCCCUGGACACAGGCACAGCCCAGCAUAGAGCCGGGGACUUGGCACACUCCUGGCUCUGUCCUGUGAAGGAGGGGGAGGUAGGGUCCUGUAGCAAACCACCCUGCCUCCCUGCAGGCCCCUUCACCCUCCUCUGGGGAGCCUGCCUCAGUGUUUAGUCUUUCCCCUCUGCUGCUCUCCCCUCCCCAUGUCCUUGCCCCCCAGUCCCAUCUCAGUCCUGGGUGGCAGCUCUGGGGCACCUGUACCCCUCAACUCAGUGGGCUAAAAGGGAAAGGGACACACAGGAAGAAGGGCUCCCUAGUUCUAUCUCAGGCAGCUCAAGCAGCAACUGCUGCCUCCUCUUUUAGCUCUGGGGUUGGGGGUCCUGGGUGUUGGCACAGGCCUCCCUGAGGGAACACCCCUCCAUGUUAGGUCUGUGUGGUAUGAAGAAUGGAUUUUUCUGGGAGGGAGACACCAGUUCCUGGAAGGUGUUCCGGGUCUGCCUGCCACAUCCCUCCCCAUUUCAUUGCACUUUGUGUAGCAGCUGAACAAGGAGUUAGGUGUUUUAAGAUGGUGGGAGUAGAGGCUGUGGAUAGGGCACACUAAAGGGGCUAAUAUGGGGCUUGGAGUGGUAAACGUUGAACACCGAACAUUGGGUUUCUGGAGGUGCCAAAAUACUUAGUGGGUCUGAUCCCACAUACUUUCCAGCUCCUGUAACAUUCUGGCAUGGACUGUUUUCUCUUUGUUUCGAUGUAUCGUGGUUCCCCUGUCUCUCUACCUAGACCAUAAGCCUCUUAAUGGUGGGGACCAUCCCUGUGCUGUUCUGUGUCCUUCACAGCCUCUCCCAUAGUGCUGGGUAUACAGCAGGUGCUCAAUAAAUAUUACUUAUAUUA